GUCAGGAAGUAGCUGCAGCGUCUCUCGACUAAAGAACUAUUUUAGAAACAGUUGUGAGCAUCAGAACGAGAGAGAGAAGAAGCAGAGACACAGAGAAGCACGAUGGAAGAGUUCAAAUGGAUCAAAAUGUCUUUAUUUCUGAUACUGCUGCUUACCUUUACAGCAGCAGCUGGAUAUCUUCUCUCCUCCUCUGUCAGAGCUGGAGAUGACGUCACGUUGCCUUGUGAACAUGUGACAGACGGUCAGAGAACGUGUGACAGUACUACCUGGCUCUUCAGUGGUUCAGGGACAGCAGUGGCGCUGUUUGAACUCGGGAAGAUUAAAGAAGACGCCAGAGUUAAACCAGACAGACUGAGUGUUAUAGAGAAAUGUUCUCUGGUUAUAAAGAAGGUCACAGAGGAGGAUGCUGGUCGUUACACCUGCAGACAGUUCAACACAUCAGGACAUCAACAAGGUCCAGAUGCUAAAGUUGAUCUGUCUGUUGUUACCAUGACUGAACAUCAGGACAGUGAUGAGGUGACGUUACGCUGCUCUGUGUCCACAUAUGGACCAUGUUCACACACAGUGAAGUGGCUGUUUAAGAGUCAUGAUGUGGAUAAAGAUAACCAAGAUUUGAGGACAUCCCAGUCUCCCUGCUCCUCCUCUGUGACCUUUCCUACUUCUCAUUUUAGUUACACAUCAAGGUAUCAGCUCUUUAGGUGUGAAGUGACUGAAGGAGACAAAGUGCAGGAGUUUCCCUUCAGCCCUCAGUCCUCAGGUGGGGACACAACAACAACAACAACAACAACAGAAUCAACAGAAUCAUUAACAACUGAGAGCAGCAUUCAAUCAGGAACCAGUGAUGCUCCACCAGGACAACAAGGUGUGUUGGUGUACAUCAUUGUGGCUUUGGUUUUAGUGGCACUCUUAAUAACCAUUGUGGCUGUCAUCAGUUGGAAGAAAAUGAAAGGAAACACAACACGGGAGAGUGACAAUGUUGGGCUGACCUCAAACUCUGCAGCAACUCACUCUGCCCCAGAAACCAGUCAGGACACGACUGAUCCUAAAGGUGGUGUUUCUUACGCCUCCAUCAGCUACACCAACAAGACCAGCAGAGCCCAGGUUCGGCGUAAAAAUGAUGAUGAAGCAGUGACCUACACAACCGUGAAAGCUUCCUCGGCUGAUCCCAGUGACCUCUACGCUACCAUCAACUAAUCUGUCUGAUCUGUCAUCAGAUAUUUGCUAAUCUCUGAUGGAUGAUUGUGAAAAUCUUCCUAGUCAGAAGGGCGUGUAGUAGGUUUACUAGUGUCGCCAUGUAGAAAGGGGAAAUAGUAAUUUAACAAGUAUAUACUGUAUGUAGUGCUUAAAAAGUAAAUGAGUAUGAGUAACAUAUGAUAUAUUAUGCUUGAAAAACUUGCUGUAAUUAACUUUAUUGUGCUCAGUGAUGGAUGUGCUGAUCUAAUUUUUGUCUUAUAUUACAUAUAUUACCUGUAAUAAGUUAAUAUGCAACAAUUUAUCAAGGGCAAGCAAUUGUACUGAUUGUCUCAUGCUAUUUUUUAUUUUCACAUUUUUUUCUGUUUAAUUCCAUCUGUUAUUGUUUCAUAUGCAACAAUUUAUGCUUUGGAUAUUUUUAUCAAAACAUUCAAAGCCUCCUGAAAAAGGGGAGGAUGUGAAAUGACUUAUUAAACAACUGAAUAAGUCAAACUGGAAAUUAAAACGUAAAUCUGAUUGAAACCAGUCACAAAUUAGCCAUAAGGAAGUUAAGCACUUAAGAAUGAGAGAGAAUGAAAAAGGAUGAAAGUCACCAUGAGGAAGUGACACCUUACUGAUCACAGAAAGGAGUAGGCUAUGUGGUAGCAUGAAUUUCUCUCUAGAAAUGUACCGUGAUCUCUUUAUAGAACAAUAAUGUAUGUUUUUUCUUUGUCAAUUUAAAAUAAAUGUUGUUUUCC